GGGAGCAAGAAGAAGACGAUCCACGACGUCGCGAAGCCCGUGCUGGACAUCGACAAGAAGCACAUGACCUGCGUGGCGAAGGACUUCUACAGCGUGGGCACGGUCGUCGUGGAGCGGCUGCAGGCCGCGAUCAAGGAGGUGGGCGGCACCCGCGGGGCGGUCGAC